AUGGCGCGCCGGCUGUGGCGGAGCUGCGGGCGGGCGGCCGGGCGUGUCCCGGGGCUGUCCCGCGCACUCCAGCUGGUGUCCGGUCAGGGGGUGUCCCGGGGGCUGUCCGCCGCACUCCAGCUGUGCCGGUCAGGCUGUCCGGGUGCUGUCCGCCGGCACCCAGCGGUGUCCCGGGUCGGGAGCUGUCCCGCCGCACCGGCGGUCGCGGCGGGGGGCGGACGCUGCUGUGCGGCACCUGCCCGCGAGCUGACGGCGGCCGGAGAAGGACGGAUCUGCUGCAGCACUUUGGGGCGGUGUCUGUGGCUCCUGUCAGGACCACGGGGGCUGGUGAUGGCUGGGCCCCCGGCACGCGAAGCGGGCCCGAGCGGUGUGGCCGGGCGGGAGCCCGCGGGGAGGGCGGGAGAGCGGCGGGGCUCGGGGUACCCCGGGCCGCGGCUUCGGCCUCGCUGGCUCUUAGCGAUGGGCCUGUGGAAGAGCAGUGCAGAGGGGCCUCUUGCAGGUAAACAUACUGCUUUUGCCACCUUUCCCAGUGAAAAUGCAGCUGCAAAGGCUUUAUCAAGGCUGCAUCAGCUGAAACUUUUAGGUCACACCUUGGUUGUUGAAUUUGCGAAGGAGCAAGAGAGUGUACAGGCUCUUAGCCAGCCUUCUGUCUCAGAGAAGUGUAAAAGUUCAGAAGAACCAGUGAAAGAAGAAGAGAAGGUAGAACCAAGCUGUGUUAAAAUAGAGAAUGGAAUUGCACCCAACCAUGGCCUCACCUUUCCCAUCAAUUCCUGCCUCAAAUAUUUGUACCCACCACCUUCAAGUGCAAUUCUGGCCAAUAUAGCAAAUGCCUUGGCAAGCGUGCCCAAAUUUUACGUCCAGGUACUUCAUCUAAUGAAUAAAAUGAAUCUUCCUCCACCCUUUGGACCGAUUACUGCUCGCCCUCCCAUGUAUGAAGAGUAUUUACCAGUGCCUGUGCCACCUCCCCCAAUCCCACCUCUGCCUCCUGAAGAGCCUCCUUUACCUGAAGAGGAAGAAGAGCAACUGUCUAGUGGGGAUGAAUCGGAAUAUGAAAGUGAUAAUGAUGAGGAAAAGGAGAGAAUGACCAAGUUGAUGGAAUUAGCAACCCUUCAACCUAAAAGACCGAUAAACACAAAGAGACGAGGUGUUAGAAAAAAGCAAAGAAUUAAAGACUUACUGAAUGUUCCUGUGUGUACUCCCCACAGUAAUUUGCACCCUACACUGUCACCUUCAGAUGUCUUUGAGCAGCCACAUCAUGUAGGUCAUAAAAAAAUAGAGUUUCAUAUUAGUACUGACAUCCCAGCUGUUCUUCAGAUAAACUCAGAAAAAGAAGAAAAAAAUGAUCUUUCUGCAACCAGAGAAGAAAUCAAUAAUACAGGCUUUGGAAGGAUUUUCCCAGCUCCUAGCUCAAAUGAUAAAAUGGAAACUGAAGAGGAGGAUGAUGAAAUACCAUCAGAAUUUAUUUCUAGAAAGGAUCUAGAAAAAAACAGACUUUCUAGAGAAGAAAUGGAAAAAUUUUCUGUUUUCAAAAACUAUGAACCAGGUGAUCCAAAUUGCAGGAUCUAUGUGAAGAAUUUAGCUAAACAAGUCCAAGAAAAGGAUCUCAAGUUCAUUUUUGGAAGAUACGUUGACUUCCAGUCAGAAGUGGAACGAAAUAUGUUUGAUAUACGUUUGAUGAAAGAAGGCCGUAUGAAGGGACAGGCUUUCAUUGGACUUCCUAAUGAAAAAGCAGCUGCUAAAGCAUUAAAAGAAGCAAAUGGAUAUGUCUUAUUUGAAAAACCCAUGGUGGUUCAAUUUGCUCGUUCAGCUAGACCAAAACAGGAUGCCAAUGAAGGGAAAAGGAAAAAGUAGAACACUGCACAAGGUCCCUUUUGUGUUCCAUCUCUUUCAAGUAUUAUCAAGCUGGGGGAAGAAGCAGUGUAAUCAUCAGGACUCUUGAACUGUGCGUAGUAGCGUUUCUAAAGUAUUUAAGGCAGACUAUAAAUUGGCAGACUAUAAAUUUUCUCGUCUUAAAGAUUCCACAUCUUUAAAGUGUCACAAGACUUACAUGAUAAAUGUAUGUUAGUUUGCUUGUGAAAUCUAAUAAAUUAUUUCCUUUCU